AUGUCUCCCCCUAGGCGGCCUGAUCAUAGUGAAUCGCAUAGAUCUCACACCCAUCGAAAUAACUUGCGGCGCGCACAAGCUCAAGAUGAAGAAACUGUCUAUUACACUCUACCCCCAGCUUCGCCUUUACAUGAAAGUCAACCUUCGAAAUCUUCCUUUGCUGAUACAUCAUCAUCUCCACUUACUCCAACGAUGUCUCGCGAACCCAUCUCGCCAACGCGAACCACAACGCCCGCGACUGCCAUGUCGAGAAAGCGAAGUCUCAUCCGUCCAGAACGUAACAGAAUCGAUGAAAGUCAUCCCAACUACCAUUAUCGCCAACAUGCCGCCAACAUGGAUACCCAGCCUUCAACGACUGGCAACAAUCCCAUAAUGGAAGAUGUGGAAGCGGAUGCCGCGAAUACAGAGACAUCAGGGCUUCGAACAUCAGGGGAAGCGGAAUCUGAUAUCACACCCCCCGUAAAACGACCUACGCGCGGCCACGGAGCUGGACCAGAAGAUCUUGCCUCGAACGAAAAGGCUGGGUUCGCUUCGAAGUCUCGAGGAGGAAAGAAGUUAAAGAGGGAGAGGGUGCAAAAGAUGUCCAAAGAAGAGAAAGCAAGACAAAAGGCCCUCGACACUGUGAAGCCACCUAGUCUUUGGAAUGUUUAUUGCGCCAUUAUAACCUUCUGGUGCCCAGGCUUUGUUCUCAAGUGUUUUGGUUUCCGGUCCAAGGCACAGCAAAGAGCUUGGAGAGAGAAAAUGGGCUUGAUCAGCAUUAUUCUCUCCAUUAUGGCAUGUGUGGGAUUCUUGACUUUUGGAUUUACGGCAACGGUAUGUGGUACUGGUGGAGGCCUCAGAUUACAAGUCAACCAUGUGGAUUCGGGAUAUAUGAUCUUCCACGGAAGCGCAUAUGACCUUUCUAAAUCAUCUCAUCCUGCUGCAACGGGCAUCUCAUCUGGGUCGAACGUUCUGUAUGAUUUACCUCAAAAGUAUGGGGGUAUGGACGGAAGUUUUUUGUUUCAGAAUGUCAAUGGCAAAUGUAAAGGUUUGAUUACUCUAGCUGAUGACUCGGACGUGCCAACCAAUUCUGAUAACGAUCUUGCAUGGUACUUUCCUUGUCAUGCCUUCAACCAAGAUGGCUCAAGCUCCCCCAAUGAGACCAUUGGUGCCUAUUUUGGAUACGCGUGCCAUCUACAAGCAGAAGCUCGCACAUCAUUUUACGGACUCAACGGUGCUGGAGACGUCUACUUUACCUGGGACGAUAUCAAGAAUUCUUCGCGAAAUCUCAUGGUAUACUCUGGCAACGUUCUUGAUCUGGACCUCUUAAAAUGGUUCAAUACCACUCAAGUCACCGUUCCCUCUAGGUUUACCACUCUUUCGGAUACUACGACAGCGGCCAACGCAGCGGUACGCGGUAAGGAUGUUACUCACGCAUUCCAAUCAUCAGAAGACAAGAAAGUUGCGCAAUGUCUCGAGCAGAUCAUCAAGGUCGGAAGUGUUGAUACUGAGACUGUUGGAUGUAUCGCUUCCAAAGUAGUCCUUUAUGUAUCCUUGGCAUUCAUUCUUGCUAUCGUCCUCGUCAAGUUUGUCUUGGCUUUGGUAUUCCAAUGGUUUCUUGCUUCAAAAUACGCUGCAUCAAAAACUUCUCAGUCAUCCGACCCAAAAAAGCGACAACAACAAAUUGAAGAGUGGUCCGAUGAUAUUUACCGGGCUCCCCCAAGAAUGGCCGGUGAUAUUGGUAGCACCGUUGCCGGGUCGGGAUCUGACAGGACAAGCAAACGAGCUAGUGUUUUUUUGCCAACGACAUCUCGUUUCUCAAAUCCUUAUGCCGCUGCUGACCGAUCAUCUCGCAUUGGACGCCCUCAGCCUACGACCAUGGCAAGUCAGAACUCUACAGCUCAGUUGAUUCCCCCGAAUCCCAUAUUUCGAAACCAAAACAAUAGUCGAAACAGUCUCUUGCGGGCAGACGGUGCAAAUGACUUCGAGGGACCCGGCACUGCAAGCUUCAUUCACGAACAAGUAGUUCCUCAACCACCGAAAGAGUGGGAACCCUACGGAUUCCCUUUGGCCCACGCAAUUCUUCUCGUAACGGCCUACUCUGAAGGUGGACUUGGUGUCCGUACGACUCUCGACUCUAUCGCCACGACUGAUUAUCCAAAUAGUCACAAGACUAUCCUAGUUAUUUGCGAUGGUAUCAUCAAGGGUGAAGGUGAACCGAAGUCAACACCAGAGGUUGUUCUUGGUAUGAUGAGGGACUUCGUAACCCCUCCAGAAGAAGUUCCCGCUUUCUCUUACGUAGCGGUAGAAAGGGGGUCGAAAAGACACAACAUGGCCAAGGUCUACGCUGGAUUCUACGAUUAUGGUGCUGAUUCUACGGUUAACAUCAACAGACAACUCCGAGUCCCGAUGGUGUGCAUUGUCAAGUGUGGUACUCCUGAUGAAGCUACACAUCGUAAACCUGGAAAUCGAGGCAAGCGCGACAGUCAAAUCAUUUUGAUGUCUUUCUUACAGAAAGUGAUGUUUGAUGAACGUAUGACCGAAUUGGAAUUUGAAAUUUUCAAUGGAUUUUACCAAAUCAGUGGUAUAUUCCCGGAUAUGUAUGAGGUUGUUCUCAUGGUUGACGCAGAUACGAAGGUGUUCCCAGACAGUUUGACACAUAUGGUAUCAGCAAUGGUAAAGGAUCCUGAAAUCAUGGGACUUUGCGGAGAGACAAAGAUUGCGAAUAAACGUGCCAGUUUCACAACCGCGAUUCAAGUAUUCGAAUACUUCAUUUCUCAUCACUCUGUCAAAUCCUUCGAGUCGGUCUUCGGUGGUGUUACUUGUCUCCCUGGUUGUUUCUCCAUGUACAGAAUCAAGGCUCCAAAGGGUGGUAACUAUUGGGUACCUAUCUUGGCCAAUCCUGAUGUCGUCGAACAUUACUCGGAUAACGUAGUAGACACACUACAUAAGAAAAAUUUGUUACUUUUGGGAGAGGAUCGAUAUCUUUCAACGCUCAUGCUUCGAACCUUCCCCAAGCGUAAACAGGUAUUUGUUCCACAAGCUGUUUGCAAAACUCAGGUACCAGACUCUCUCUGGGUUCUUAUGUCACAAAGACGUAGAUGGAUCAACAGUACUGUCCACAAUUUGAUGGAGUUGGUUUUAGUUCGAGAUCUUUGUGGUACAUUCUGCUUCAGUAUGCAAUUUGUAGUCUUUAUCGAUCUCAUCAGUACUCUGGUUCUUCCAGCCGCUAUUGCCUUCACCUUCUACGUUGUGGUCAUUUCAAUCGUUCGUCGCCCAGUUCAAAUCAUUCCACUUGUCCUUUUAGGGUUGAUCCUUGGUUUGCCGGCAGUUUUGAUUGUUGUAACAGCUCAUCGUUGGGUCUACGUUCUCUGGAUGAUGAUCUAUCUCGUCUCUUUGCCCAUUUGGAAUUUCCUACUUCCAGCAUACGCCUUCUGGAAAUUCGACGAUUUCUCCUGGGGUGAUACUCGUAAGACUGCGGGUGAAAAGACAAAGAAAGCAGGAAUUGAAUACGAGGGAGAAUUUGAUAGCUCAAAGAUCACCAUGAAGAGAUGGAAGGAGUUUGAGAAAGAGAGAAUCAUAAGAAGUAAUUCAAGCUGGGCAAACUCAAAUGCUCCGCUGAGUAAUGAGAAUCACCGGUGGCAGCAGCAUCAAUAUGAUGACUAUGGCGAUAAUUGA